AUGACGAGCGAUAAAGAGACGCACGGCGAGUCUGGGACGGCUCCGUCGCAGGACGAGUCGGUAUCGACAUCUUCGGCCUCGACACCUGUCCUGGUGUCGACUGCGGCCACACACAUUGCCCUCGCCGACGGCACAGAGACGGUGCCGAAUACAGAGCCAGAAGAUGGACAGGGACCACUCGCUAGCCCCAGCCUGCGGAACAGCAAGGGCUGGGACGGCAAGCUGAGGCUACCCAAGAAGACGGCCGUGCUUGCCAAUCCGGAGGCGCUGUCGGACCCCGAGUAUUCAGACGAGGACAACGUUGUACCCGGUGAGACUAUAUCUGCAGAUGAAGACAUCUUAGACGGCGAGGACCCCGAGACGGACGAGAUCUUCUGCACGCACUCCCGGGUGCGUUCUAUCGACGCCCUCCACCUCGAGCGCUUCACCUGCUGCCAGCGACUUUGUCUGCGUCAGAAUAGCAUCCAGCGGCUGGACUCACCCGACGCGACUCCGGGCCAGGGACUCGCCGCGCUCGCUGGAUGCCUCAAGGAGCUCGACAUGUACGACAACCUGAUCGCACACAUGCGCGGCGUCGAGACACUCCCAGGCUUGACCAGCCUCGACCUCAGCUUCAACAAGAUCAAGCAUAUCAAGCACCUGGCCGGGCUGCGCGAGCUCACUGACCUCUUCCUGGUGGCCAACAAGAUCGGCAAAAUCGAGGGCCUCGAGACGCUGACGCGCAUGCGCAUGCUGGAGCUGGGCUCGAACCGCAUCCGUGAGAUCCGCGGUCUGGACGGCCUGGUCGCUCUCGAGGAGCUCUGGCUGGCCAAGAACAAGAUCACGGACCUGUCCGGCCUGGACGGCUUGCCGCGCCUGCGCCUAUUGAGCCUGCAGUCGAACCGCAUCAGCGACCUGUCGCCGCUGCGUGUGGUGUCCACGCUCGAGGAGCUGUAUCUGUCACACAACCUGCUCGAGUCUGUGGCAUCGCUCUCGGUCGACGAGACGAAGACCUCGGAGACCGACGGCAAAGCCUCCGACGACAAAACCGCUGCCACGUCGAUCCUGCCGAAUCUGCGCACGCUCGAUAUUGGAAACAACAAGAUCACCUCACUUCAGGGCAUCGGCGGCCUGCACAAGCUCGAGGAGCUAUGGGCCAGCUACAACCUCCUGAACGACUUUACGGACGUGGAACGCAACAUGGCCGACAAGAGCUCCCUCGAGACGGUCUACUUCGAGGGCAACCCACUGCAGCUGCGGGCACCAGCACUGUACCGGAACAAAGUGCGUCUGGUGCUGCCGCAGGUAAAGCAGAUCGAUGCUACCUACGUUCGCUAG